AUGGAGUCCAUCACAGCGCCAACAUCAACAGACCAUCCACUCAACCAAGACCGCAAGAAGGGCAGCGACCGCGCCACGGUCCGGCGGCAGUUCUUCCCCCGCGCGUCCGGCCUGCCCCGCGGCAAGGUGAGGACGGCCGGCGCCUCGGAGCACGCCAGCAAGACAAAUAUCGGGAGCCUGGACAUGGGCCGCGAGGCCGAAUAG